AUGGAGUUGUCCCAGUGCUGGGGAAAGGACAGCAUCUCCCUUCAGAAUCACGUGAACCAGUCAAAGGAUGAUAAAACCCAUAUAACAUAUGUAUAUAGUUUUUUAAUCGUGGGACGCUAUUGUGAAAAGAGAACCAGAGCAGGAAUCGGAAGCCGGUUGCCGUGUGAGAGAUUUUCUCACUCUAGGGAGAUUCUUCAAGCAAUCACUACGUCAACAGACACAGGUGUUUCCCUUCCUUCGUAUGAGGAAGAUCAGGGAUCAAAACUUAUUCGAGAAGCUAAAGAGGCACCAUUCGUACCCAUUGAAAUAGCAGGUUUUGCAGCAAUUGUUGCAUAUGGAUUAUACAAACUGAAGAGCAGGGGAAAUACUAAAAUGUCCAUUCAUCUGAUCCACAUGCGUGUGGCAGCCCAAGGCUUUGUUGUAGAAGCAAUGACUGUUGGUAUGGGCUAUUCCAUGUGUCGGGAAUUCUGGGCAAAACCUAAGCCUUAGAAGAAGAGAUGCUGUCUUGGUCUUGUUGGAGGACCUUGCUUUGGUUAGAUGUCUCAUUAUUGAAGUUACCUAUUAUUGUUGGAAAUAAACUAAUUUGUAUGGGUUUAGAUGGUAA